AUACACAUAUACUUAAGUACAAAGUCUCAUGCUUCAGAGUCUACAAGUCCAAAUAUUCUAACAAGUACUAUUACGGCCGUCGCAACGAGUGCAUCCACGUAUGAGAAAGAAGACAAAGGAGAUGAUGACCACGAAUCGCAUCCGCACACCACGCCUCCGUCCCAAUCCAAAGUCGCAAAGCCCGCGUGGAUCAACCCCAGCACCGCAGCGCUACUCUGCUUUGACUUCCUAGCCGCCACUUUUUUCGUGUGGUGCUGGGUCAUGGGCUGGUUUUCGUGGCUAAAGGGGGACCAAAGUCGCGAUCGUAGAAUGGGACAAGGAGGAUGGCAGGCAUAUAGGGCGAGAGAAGCAAGAGACUCAGAUACAAGAGCACCAGUGAACCAGAAUGUAGAGCGGGAAAUGAGAAGGUUAGGGAUGGUAUGA